AUGAAAUUCUCUAACUUGCUCAUCACCUCUUCCAUCUUAACCUCAGCUUUCGCUGCUCCAUUAGGUCAUGAACAUAAGUACAGACGUGACGUCGAUGUCCAAACUUUAAAUGAAAAUGUCAUUAAGGGUAUUACUUAUUCUCCUUACAACGCCGAUGGUACCUGUAAGACUGCAGAACAAGUUGCCUCUGACUUAGCCAAUAUGAAGGAUUAUCCAAAUAUUAGAUUGUAUGGUGUCGAUUGUUCUCAAGUCGAAAACGUUUUGAAAGCCAAACAAAAGAACCAAAAAUUGUUCUUAGGUAUUUACUUCAUGGAUCAAAUUGAGCAAGGUGUUCAAACCAUCAAGAACGCUGUCGAACAAUUCGGUUCUUGGGACGAUGUUAUCACUGUUUCUAUUGGUAACGAAUUAGUCAACAGUAACCAAGCUACUCCAGCACAAAUUGGCCAAUAUGUUGCUACUGGUAGAGCUGCUUUACAAGCUGCCGGUUACACUGGUCCAGUUGUCUUCGUUGAUACUUUCAUUGCCGUCAUUAACAACCCAGAACUAUGUCAAUACUCUGAUUACAUGGCUGUUAAUGCUCAUGCUUACUUUGAUCAACAUACAGCUGCUGAAGAUUCUGGUAAGUGGUUAUUACAACAAAUUCAAAGAGUCUGGGGUGCUUGUGACGGUAAAAAAGACGUUCUUAUUGCUGAAUCUGGUUGGCCAUCUAAGGGUCAAACUUACGGUAUUGCUGUCCCAUCUAAAGCUAACCAAAAACUUGCUGUCGACUCUAUCAUCUCUGUUUGUGGUUCUGACACUUUCUUAUACAAUGCCUACAACGAUUACUGGAAAGCCGAUGGUAACUUAGGUGUUGAAAAAUACUGGGGUAUUUUAUCUGAUGAAUAA